AUGAAGACCGUCGUCGUCACUCUCUUUCUUGCGAGCCUUGUGGCCUCAGAGGCUCCACAGGAGCACUCGCAUGAGGCCAUUUUGCAGGCCACUCAGACGAUGCUGGAACUAAACAAUCCGCUCCAGAUAGAGAAUGCAGUAUUCGGCCUACUAGGCGAUGCAGGUGCCAAAAGUGGUGGCGGCACAGUCACCAAUCUGAAAUGCCUGCAACAGAACAUUGCCGACCAGGCCUUCACCAACGCCAAGGCUGCGAACAACACCGCAGGCAUGGCAAAUGCCCUCAUGUUUCGCGCACUGGAGCGCAAUACUACUCCAGUUGGGGGCGCUUCUGAGGCCUGCGACGAAACCGCCGUGAACCCAGAGAUUGCGGCUGUCAAGCAGCACCAGGAUCCAGCCUCACCUGACGCCGCUGGAAACAAGCAGAUUACUCUCGACCUUGCGACUCAACUCCAGGCCGUUGGUGCGGAUCCGAAUCUUGCAAUCCAGACUGGCACUUUCCCCGCCGGAACUAUCGGCGAUCCCACCGGUGAUGGCUUCAUCUGCGAUGACUCGGCUGACCCAGUCGGCUGUAUCUUUUCGACAAACAUGCUGGUGGCUGACGUUACCGAAGCCGAGAUAGCCUCUCACUUGGCCGGGUCUCAAGUCUCCGGCGACGUCGUCGUCGCGCAGGCUGAACAGGGGGACCUAGCGCAGCUCGCUGAGCUCGCGCAGACUGUGAACCUCACUAAGAAGGCAGCUGACCUUCAGGGCGAAUCUAAUGCCAAGGGUACUAUUUUCGCACUGGGCGCAAAAGCAGCAGCAGCUCACCCGAACGCGGCUGAUGCCCAGAAGGCGAUCACUGCUGCGCUGUCGGUUAACGCUACGGUAGCCGCGGCUGCUGUGGAUGGCGUUGCCGCUCGGUGCACGACCGCGGUGAGGCAGACUGUGCAACAGUCUGAUAACUCUGGAGGUAAUGCAGUUCAUAGGACAGGGGUAUGGAUGACCUCCGACGAGAUACCUGGAACUCGGCAAAAGCUGUCUUCUGAGUUUCUCGUGCAACAGAUGCAAAGCCUCAUCUACGAAUACGACGUUACUCAAUCCACUCCGCGCUCUCUGAAGCACUUCAAUUGUGUCUCGCUUAACGAAGAUGAUGGACAAAUCCAUGCCGACAGCAACACCGCCCUCACAGCCCCGGCACAGGCCCAGGUUACAUUGCCUGUAUCGGAUGCGUCGUGCCAGCACGACCCAAAACACAAAAGGCAAAACCUGGAAAAGUCUUCAGAGAUUGACUGUGAUAUCUACAGAGGACGAUAUGGGCCCGACGGAACUGCGCCUUCUUCGCGAUGGUUCCAUCGACGAAGCUGUGUACCGAGGCUCGGGCAUACCGAUCCUCCUGCCACAUGGAAGGGUUUCGAUACAGGAAGCUGCACGCAGUAUCUAGAGAACGCCGAAAAUUACGAGAUUCCGUCUCCCCGGAACUCAGUUUUCCAAGAGCCUAAAGCUGCUCCCAUCAAGCUCAGCGACGUCGCCGAAGAAGGUGUGAAAAGGAGAAGAAGCAGUGUCGAAACUUCGGGCUCCUGCCAACGGAGAGAUUCGGAACAGAUCAGAUUCAUUGUUGGACACGAGCAACCCGCGCGCUCUGCGUUGGCAUCGGAGUACAUUCCGCCAGAUCCAGGCAAGCGGCCAUAUCAGCCACUGACUCGACCUGAAGGCCAGAUCAGACUGUUUCGACUUAAUCAGGCUGCUCAUGGCGGUCAGAUUAGCGGUUCUUUUGUUUAUUCUGACAUCAAGUCGUGUCCAAAAUACACUGCAUUGUCCUAUGCUUGGGGGAAACCGACCAAGACUCGCAAAAUCACUAUCGAAAGAGAAUGUGAUUUGGAGAUAGGGGAGAAUCUAUGGUGGUUUCUUCACUGUCGAAGUCUCAGCCUGAAAAAGCCUCGACUCUUCUGGAUUGAUGCUAUUUGCAUUGAUCAGAGCAACGUGAACGAGCGCAAUCACCAAGUUAGUCUGAUGAAACAGAUCUAUUCGAUGGCCUCAAAUGUCUACAUUUGGCUGGGUCGCGAAUCUGAAAAUAGUCGUCUAGCUAUGGACUUCCUCGCGAAUGAAGGGGCGAAUCCCCCAAAGCGGCAGUCCGGCGAUGGUCAUCCCAUUUGGGACAGGCAAGAAGGCAAGGCUGUAAGAGAUCUCUGCGAAAGACCGUAUUGGAGACGCAUGUGGAUUAUUCAGGAGAUCAUCCACGCAAACAGACUCACGGUAUGGUGUGGCUCUCAGCGCAUCGAUUGGCCGGUAUUCGACAGACUGUACCUCACUAUGAAGACCAUCGAGGAGAAUGACCGCUUCGAAAACCACGACUUCGUCAAAGAAGUCCUGCAGAGCCCAGCGUUUGUUAUGGUCUGGCAGAGAGCCCAUUGGAGGCACCCAGAGACGCCUACGCCCAAACUCCAGACACUUAUAGAGACAUUUCAAGGCUGGGAGUGCACGGAUCUGAGGGACAAGGUGUAUGCUCUUGUCAGUAUGGCAGAUCAGGAAACUGCUGUUCUACCAAACUAUUCGAGAUCUCCACGUCAGAUAUAUUAUGAUGUCCUGCGCCGGGGAGUGGCGUACGAUGAUUGCUUCUGCAAUCUGCUCUCUCACGUUCUUGGAAUACAUGAGGCAGGCAUUGGCUUUGCGGGACUUUAUGUUACGCGAGUCCCGGCGUCUUGCAGUCAGGCUAGACGAGCAUCAGACUGA